AUGUUGGGUUAUCAGCAGCACUCAAGGCCCCACCAUCUGAGUGAGGGCUGUGCAAAGGCCAAGUGCCAACCCAAUUUGGCAGAGGCUCCCCACGCGGCUUCUCAUACAGACCAUAUAUUGUGCACAGUGUCCGCACUGCGACGAAGGAAAUUCUUCAGCGCACCUUCUGCCUGGUACUGCCCAGCUGCCCUUCUUGAUGCUUCUCACCUUUCAAGAUCAGCUAUUGCCUCCGCGCAUCUGCUCUUCGGGACUCCUUUACCAAGUGUAGUAUGCGAAAACACUAAUAGGUUUGUUUUGUUCGUUCUGUGUACCAGUGCGAAUCUGCUCAUGGAGACUUUCCCAUGGGAGGAUGGGGAUCCACCGGAUCGUCACCUUCAGCGCAAGUCUGGUGACGACGCAGAUGAAGAGCAAGUGCAAGUGCAAGUUCAGGCUUUCUCAAAAGUUGUGUCGACGUGGAUGUUUGUCGCUGCAACUACUGGUGUGGUCGCGGGUAGAUCAGUGCAAAUGGGUUUGAGUAGGUGGGAUGGUGGAGAUGCAUUUCUGGUGUCGUCGAGCUCGAUUCAAUGCUGCGGUUCUCCUUGCUUAAGGUUCGAUGGUCUUGGUUUGGAGACAGCAGGCAGGGAGGGGGAUGCUCACGGUGUGACUCCACCUGGGUUCGGUGUCGCGGAAGUGGGUUCCUACGAGCAACUGCAACUGGACCUGGGAUUGACGGACAUCACCAAAUACUUUUCUUAUUCUAAGCUUUGGCGUUUGUUAUAUUUUAUAAAUGACGCGCCAUUUCGUAUACACAAGUACGCGAAAACCGCCGGAGGACAAUGUCGACCCUCGCCGGCUGGCCUCCUCGGGAUCACUUAACGCUGAUUGAUUCCUCCAGGGAGGUGAAGAUUCGAGAUGGAUCCCCUAAAACCCACUGACGUAGUUAUAUCUGCUCCAUACAUAUAUAUACAUAUAUAUAUAUAUAUAUAUAUAUAUAUAUAUAGAUUCAUAUUCAUUAACAGGUCUAUACCAUACCAUUUGUAACAAAACCAGGUUUUUCGGUGGCGAUUACGAUGGCCAUCUAGAUGAAACUUGUUGCUGAGAAUGGCGAUCAAGGUUCUCCCAGGUGCUAUCUACGAUUACCCUGUACGGAACCUCAACUAACGUCGACUACAUCUAUGGCGAGGAUCGCGAUGUAAAGCGCUUCCCUCCGCCCAUACGCAAUGCAGUACAGAUCCCAAGAUAGAGUCCCACAAACCUUCAAGCACCUCACACCUCAAGCUCGGCACUAGGUCUGUAAUCAGUUGCAGCCGCUGCAUCGAAGUCCCUCCCCUUUCCUCCAUUCUGUAGUAGUCCUUCGUCCCGCCAGGGUUUGGAGCAAUACAAUGCAAUGGAGUUUAGACAAGGUGACGGUGGCCGAUAGCUCGAACUCUACUCACAAGCAGCGUGAGGCUGAUUACCGAUCUAGUGUUCUUCUUAACAGUGUAAAUGGCACUCGCCGCCAUGUACUUGUAGAGUGCAGUACAAAUCCCAAGAUUUCUCACAUGCGGAGGUUCUUUACAAUGAUUCUCCGAACCCCAGCAAUAUUACUGGGCUAGCUCAAUAUUUUACCCACAUUUGUUUUCAGAGUGAAGUUAGGUUUUUUCUUCUUCGUCUUCUGUCCCUUUUCUUUUUAAUAAACGAUUCAUUCUCAAAGCUCUCUACUUAA